UGGGUGGGGAGUGUGAGGGAAAGGGGAGGGGCAUGUCGCGCUGGCGGCGCCAGGCGCAGGCGCAGGCGCAGAGCGCUGGAGCCUGGUCGCCGCCGCUGCAGAGCGCUGGGGGCGAGAGGAGCGAGCGCGAGAGGCUAUGGCUGCCGCCGGCUGCUGAGGGGCUCGGCCUGCGAGCGCCUGCCGCCGCGGACGAUGGUGACCGCACGGGUCGGGCCGCUGCCGCCGCCGCUGCCGCCACCUGCCAGGACGCAGCAACCAAGGCCCGGCGCGGAGGAGCGGCCGCUGUGAGCCGCACCAUCCCGGCCCCCGCCGCCGCCGCCCGAGGAGAACGGGGAGGCGGGCGAGAAAGCCGGGGAGUUGCGGAGCCCGCCUGCCGGCGGCGCUGCUCCGCAGGAAGUGAGGCCGCAGCCCGAGGUCUUCUCCAAGAACAAAACAUGGCUGCAAAGGAGAAACUGGAGGCAGUGUUAAAUGUGGCCCUGAGGGUGCCAAGCAUCAUGCUGUUGGAUGUCCUGUACAGAUGGGAUGUCAGCUCCUUCUUCCAGCAGAUCCAAAGAAGUAGCCUCAGUAACAACCCUCUUUUCCAGUAUAAGUAUUUGGCUCUUAAUAUGCAUUAUGUAGGUUAUAUCUUAAGUGUUGUGCUACUAACCUUGCCCAGGCAGCAUCUUGUUCAGCUUUACCUAUAUUUUUUGACUGCCCUGCUCCUCUAUGCUGGACAUCAAAUCUCCAGAGACUAUGUCAGGAGUGAACUGGAGUCCGCCUAUGAAGGACCGAUGUAUUUAGAACCUCUCUCCAUGAAUCGGUUUACCACAGCCUUAAUAGGUCAGUUGGUGGUAUGUACUUUAUGCUCCUGUGUCAUGAAAACGAAGCAGAUUUGGCUCUUUUCAGCUCACAUGCUUCCUCUGCUAGCAAGACUUUGCCUUGUUCCUCUGGAGACAAUUGUUAUCAUCAACAAAUUCGCUAUGAUUUUUACUGGAUUGGAAGUUCUCUAUUUCCUCGGGUCUAAUCUUUUAGUACCAUAUAAUCUUGCUAAGUCUGCAUACAGAGAACUGGUUCAGGUAGUAGAGGUAUAUGGCCUUCUAGCCUUGGGAAUGUCCUUGUGGAAUCAGCUGGUGGUCCCUGUACUUUUCAUGGUUUUCUGGCUCGUCUUAUUUGCUCUUCAGAUUUACUCCUAUUUCAGUACUCGAGACCAGCCUGCAUCACGUGAGAGGCUGCUUUUCCUUUUCCUGACAAGUAUUGCUGAAUGCUGCAGCACUCCUUACUCACUUCUGGGUUUAGUCUUCACGGUUUCUUUUGUUGCCUUGGGUGUUCUGACACUCUGCAAGUUUUACUUGCAGGGUUAUAGAGCUUUCAUGAAUGAUCCUGCCAUGAACAGGGGCAUGACAGAAGGAGUUACGCUGUUGAUACUGGCAGUGCAGACCGGUCUGAUAGAACUACAGGUGGUCCACCGGGCAUUCCUGCUCAGUAUCAUCCUUUUCAUUGUUGUAGCCUCUAUCCUACAGUCUAUGUUAGAGAUCGCAGAUCCUAUUGUCCUGGCACUGGGAGCAUCUAGAGACAAGAGUUUAUGGAAACACUUCCGUGCUGUGAGUCUUUGUUUAUUUUUACUGGUAUUUCCUGCUUAUAUGGCUUACAUGAUUUGCCAGUUUUUCCAUAUGGAUUUUUGGCUUCUUAUCAUUAUUUCUAGCAGCAUUCUCACCUCUCUUCAGGUUCUGGGAACACUUUUUAUUUAUGUUUUAUUUAUGGUUGAGGAAUUCAGAAAAGAACCAGUGGAAAACAUGGAUGAUGUCAUCUACUAUGUGAAUGGCACUUACCGCCUGCUGGAGUUCCUUGUGGCCCUCUGUGUGGUGGCCUAUGGUGUCUCAGAGACCAUCUUUGGAGAAUGGACAGUCAUGGGGUCUAUGAUCAUUUUUAUCCAUUCCUACUAUAACGUGUGGCUUCGUGCCCAACUGGGGUGGAAGAGCUUCCUUCUCCGCAGGGAUGCUGUGAAUAAGAUUAAAUCAUUACCCGUUGCUACAAAAGAGCAGCUUGAGAAGCACAAUGAUAUUUGUGCCAUCUGUUAUCAGGACAUGAAAUCUGCUGUGAUCACACCUUGUAGUCAUUUCUUCCAUGCAGGCUGUCUCAAGAAAUGGCUGUAUGUUCAGGAGACCUGCCCCCUUUGCCACUGCCACCUCAAAAACUCCUCUCAGCUUCCGGGGUUAGGAACUGAGCCAGUUCCACAACCUCAGGCUGGAGCUGAGCAACACAUAGUGCUUCAGGAGGGUACUGAACCCCCAAAUCAAGAGCAUCCUCCAUGGCCCGGGAGGCACGAGGGCUCUAGGGACAAUAAUGAGUGCACUGCCAGCAGACCAGAGAGCCAGGAAGGGACUUGGGAUCCCAAGGAAUAUCCUCAUAGUGCACAAGAUGAAGCACAUCCUGUUGAGGUCAGCCAAGAAGAAAGGAAGCAGGAGUAACACUUUGAGACUCUGGAGAAAUUAACUCACAAUGGCAUUUGUGCUCAGAUUUGAGGAAUGAAUGUAUGAGGUGAUUAGGCAGAACACUUGACAUUCCAAGGAUCUAAUCCAGGAAGUACUCUCAGUGGAGACCACCUGCUUUCAUCCCCUUGACAUUGUGGGAGAAAUUUUGCAAUGUAUGCUAAUUGAAAUGUAUUUAUAUAUCCUAUGCUGAUGUUUUGUAGAGGUUUGCCAAGAAAAUUCAACCUCAGCAACUUCAGAAACUGCCCCUGAUUUGUAAGGGAUAAAUAAAAUCAGAUUUGAGUGUUUGAAAGGGGCUAAAGAAAGGAGGAUAAAGAACAGGACAGCAUGGGAAGAUCAGGCAGAAGUGGAACUGACAUUUCACUUUCUGUGGGACAGGAUCGUUCUUGUUAUGAAGUAUGAGUAGUGACUAGUCCUUUUCUCACCCUGCCCUCUUCCUCCCCAUUCCCUCAUUUAACUGAAACUCAGUCAGGUGAUUUUUAAGUUUUGUACAGCACUGAAAUGAAAUCAAAGAUGUAAAAGCAUUGAUUGUAUUCAAAGAUUGAAGCACGCUCAGACUUCCUAUGUGCUUUAGGGGCGUGGGUGGGAAGGCACGUGGGCCUCGCGGGUGCAUUCAUGUAAUCGGAGACUCUUGAACUUUAUGAUGGAGUCCUCAAUAUUUUGAUGUAUAUGAAACUUUUGUUAAUACAUUGUUUACUGUGUUGGCUGUGUGAAGUAAACUAAAACUCUAAUGAACACUUUGGAGUCCAUGUUAGUGUAGGAGACCAAAGUGGGAAGGGCUUUAGGGCACUGAUUAAGGCCCUAAGUGUACUUUUAAAUCCUGUGUAAUGUUUAAUCCUUGCAACUGAAUCAAAACAGUGUUAAAUUAUGGCAAUAUUUGCACUUUGGGAAUGAGUACAUAACUGUAUGAUCACAUUCUGCAAAUGCCAUUUUUAAAGCUGUUGUUAAUAGACUUUGCACCUUUUCUUUGACAAAGAUGUGUCAUAUUUAAAUUUUUACAUUCAUCAUGGCUACAGGUAGAACUGGGGAGGGGGGUAUGUAAUUUUUUAUGGGAAUUUUGAUAUGAAAAGAAACUAGUCAUUUAUUUAUACAAUAGGCUUGGCUCAAAAAAGUGUUUUUCAGACUCAAUAUUCCUAAUGUGGGAUGUGACUUUAUUUUAUUUUUAGUAGCAAAUUUGGAUGUAGACUGACAGACAUAGCUGAAUGUCUUAAUAAAUUUAAAUUUGAAGAUAA